AAUCAACGUGGCGCACUCUUGCUAGCAAUACAAGCUCCGAAAAAGCGGCGCGGCGCGUGAACAGGUAAAAGAUUGAAGUUGGGCUUUUUUAAUUAACUCUUUGCGCGUUGGUGGACACUAAUUGUGCGAGGAAUUUGUACGAUAAAUCAUCUCUAAGAGCCGCUAAUCGAUCGAUCGCCUCUUGGGCUGGCCAGACUAGUCGAUGGUAAGUUUAUUACUGUUUUCUUCGAGUCUUCCUUCUCUAUAUCUCUGUUAUGUCUUCUAAUAUGCUUUAGGAUUUUGACAAUGUCGUGGUCGUUCGUUUUUCUAGGUUCGAACAAAUCGGCCUACUAAAAUAAAUGACGAAGAAAUUUUGAUGAAAAACAAUAGCUAUGCGCCGAAUCGUCUUGUUUGUCAUUAAAGUAAUCAGAAUCGAAUAUUUUUUUAUUUAAGAAAGUAAGGUAUAAGUGAAAAUCAUUAAUAGAUUUCUGAUCAAUUUUAAUUUGUCACUUAUCUUAUCGGUCGUUGAACGUCAAAAAAAAAAAAUACUGAGAACACAUCAGAUAAGGAUAAAAGAGAUUAUUAUAGCUGGAAGCGAAUCACCUUGCUCGAUUAUAACCAUCGGAAGAGUCAAUAAAAGAAGAGAAAUAGAAGGAAGUGGAACGACUGGAAAUAAAGCGGUGAACAAUGGAAAAGAGCGGUAUACGAAACUUGGAAAGUCGCCAAAAAUCCAAGAGCGCACGUGUUUUUUUUAUGUCGUUCUAUGUUAAAAAAAAAUUCGACCAACUCUCCUCUACGUUUGUUCAUUAACGUUGAAAUUUACUUUAAAAGCGGUAAAAAAACAUAUAUAUGUAAAUGAAAUUUUUUUAUCCUAAACAAGAUAUGAAGAGGAAGAGGGAAGAUGACGAUGACGUCUGCAAACCUUAUUAUGAAUUGCGAAGGUCCGUACUGUGUUUAUCAAUGAACAAACUACGUUCUCCCGUCCCUAUUUCGGGACACCACUGUAGGCGCGUCGAGCCGAGUUUAAGGCGUUCCGUCCUCAUCUGCAAUACUGUACGGAAAAUCGAAAAUGAACUGAAGGAAGAGGGAAUAAGAUUCCGACCUGUACCACCCUCAUCCUUUUCACCCCCAACCCAGUUGCUUGAUCCUCCACCCUCAACUGCUCCUGCUGGUCCCUGGACAUCCCUGCUAGAAAUGGAGGACGAUCUACCUAACGUCCCCUCAAACGUUUCAAUUGCUGAUCUCGAUUUUACCGCCUUAAUGUUCGAUAGGGACUCCUUAUCUGCAGUACUAACUGAUUCAUUAAACGCUUUGGCUGGUACAUUUCCAUACGGUGGUUGUAAUAUGCAAGCAGCCACCGAUGAACUUGAACAUAUUAUGGAAGUUUUAGUUGGUAUAUAG